UCAAGAUUUGCAGGAGGGGAGACAUGCCGUGGAGUAGUAAAACAUUAGAUCGCGCAACGUUCCUCCUCCCCAUAUCCACCAGGAUCGGCACCAACAACCCCAUGGCGCCCCUGGUCACCCUCACGUCCACCGCGUCCAUCUUCCUCCUCUUCUGCGUGAUCAAUGUGCUCAACUACGUGGACAGAGGCAUCAUUCCAGGAGCACCGACACAGUUCCAGUACUUCAUCAAGGACACCCUCCAUACGUCCAUGACCGAGGAAGGCUUCUACCUCGGCGUCCUCGCAUCCGCGUUUAUCACGAGCUACGCCGUCUUCAUCGUGCUCUUCGGGUACUUGUCCAUCACGAUGCGGCCGUUUCGACUCAUCGGCGUGGGGCUUCUCAUCUGGUGUGUGGCCCUCGUCCUAUGUGGGCUGGCCCAGUCCGCCCAGAGCUUCUCGUUACUCUUGUUCGGCCGCGUUCUCAGCGGCAUCGGCGAAUCGUCAUUCCAAUGCAUCUCCCCCGCCUUCAUUGACGAUCAUGCUCCCGCAUCCACUCGCACUCUGUGGAUAGGCAUCUUCUUCACCGGCACCUCGGUCGGCACGGCCAUCGGAUACGGGUACGGCGCGUACUUUGCGCAUUCGUCGUUUGGAUGGUCUGCGGCGUUCUACGUAGCUUCGUUCCUGAUGCUUCCCCUCGCUCUUCUAUGUCUCUUUGCCAUUCCCCGCGAGUUUGACGUGCCAAGCAAACCUCCGCCGACCAAGGACGCUGUGGAUGAAUCCAGCCAUCUCAUCGUGCCUGCUUCUGGUCCGUCCAAGGACACAGCGCCGCCACCGUCGAUCGUCCACGAAGCUGUGGACGUGCUCACCCAUCCCAUCUUCGUUCUGACGGUGCUCGGAUCUGCCGCGUUUACCUUUACCAUUUCAGGCCUCGGGGUCUUUGGCCCGCUAUUCCUUCUCGGGUUGGGUCUGUUUCAGUCUGAGACGGAAGCAUCCAUGAUGUUUGGGUCUCUUGUCGUCAUAAGUGCGAUGAUUGGCACCCCCCUCGGCGGGUACAUGUUGGACCGGUUCUCCGCGGGCGAGUCGCCUGCCCGCCGCCAGUACCUGGCGCUGGUGAUCAUGACGGUGCUCAUGUCCGCGGGGGUGCUCCUGAGUCUGCUGGCGUGGUCCGCGCUUCCUUCCAAGACGCCGUUCCUCGCCCUCAUCGCGCUCGCCCUCAUCUUCCUCUUCGCCACUCCAUCCUGCACGGCCGUGGCCGUCCUCCUCUGCGUGCCGCCCUCCCGGCGCAACUUUGCCGUGGGGAUUUCCACGCUGCUGGUGCAUGUGUUUGGCGACGUGCCGUCGCCCAUCCUCCUCGGCAUGCUCAAAGACAUCUACGCGCCGCACUGUGGCAGCGUCGAUAUUGACCACCACAUUGGGCUCAACCCAGAAUGCAGGUAUGUACGUACUGACCGUUCCAGUAACUGUAUCGCAUGUUUCUUGAUCUUGUAGCCAAGACCAGGACGGCCUCAAGCUGACGUUCCUCGUCCCCAUGCUGUGGCUGCUCUGGACUGUGCUGACGUGGUCGGCGGCGAUUGUCGUCGCGCGCUGUCGCGUCCCCAGUCGUUAUUAAGUGCCCUAUAUAACUUAAUGCAACAAGUGUAAUACAUAUACCCGAUGCAUAUUGUUUGUACAUUAUUCUUUGUUAUAAUUGGUGA